CCUCUCAGAAUCAUCCCCCACUUCUUAGUAUUCUAAAUAUCGUUGUGAAUCAAAUCAUUCAAAUGGCAAGUUCUUUAGUAUGUUUGGCAUCUCUUUCCCUCGUCUUCAUUUUCAUCUCCAUCCCUCUCCCGUACUCCACAGCUAUCUCCUCCUGCAAUGGCGCAUGCAAAACCUUGAACGACUGUGCUGGUCAACUCAUCUGUAUCAACCAAAAAUGCAACGAUGACCCCGAUGUUGGGACUCACAUAUGCGGCAGGGGUGGGGGAGGAGGCUCAUCACCUUCUCCUAGCCCCAACAAUUGCAGACCCUUUGGAACACUGGUUUGCAAGGGCAAGUCGUACCCUAAAUACUCGUGCUCUCCCCCAGUAACAUCAUCCACCAAAGCCCUACUUACACUCAACGAUUUCAGCGAAGGCGGUGAUGGGGGCGGGCCAUCAGAAUGUGACGAACAAUAUCAUCCAAACAGUGAGCGGGUUAUGGCACUUCCCACUGGGUGGUUUGAUAAUAAAUCGAGGUGCGGGAAGUUAAUAAGAAUUCAGGCAAGUAAUGGGAAGACUACGACUGCGAGAGUGGUGGAUGAAUGUGAUUCGCGAAAUGGAUGUGACAAAGAGCAUGCAGGGCAGCCGACGUGUGAAAACAAUAUCGUGGAUGGAUCUGCAUCUGUGUGGAACGCUUUGGGACUCGAUCAGGAUGUAGGUAAGGUGUCGGUGACUUGGUCCAUGGCAUGAUUUGCUAGCAACUACUA